ACCCUUCCGGUUUUGCGGCUCAGGUUCAGUGGACCUGCUGUGUGUUAGCUGCUGUAGGUUAGCCUGUUAGCUGCUGUGGUUCUGGUUCUGGUUCUGAUUCUGCUGUUUCUCUGUCACCAAGGAGACCGGUGCAGGACACAAACACGGAGAUAAUGAUUAACAUUUAAUUUAUCUGAAACCAGACUGUUUCUGUUCUUAUAAGGUAAGAAUCACCUCUGAACAUGAGAGUAAAACAGGGGAUCAAUAAUCUAUACAAACAGAUUUUAUUAUCAAUACUUAUUACAGUAUUUACAGUUAGGUCUGUUUACUGGUAAUGACUGAAUAUGCUGCAUCUAAGUUGUUUUUUUUCUAUACCCUCCUGUCUGAGUAUGACUUCCUACCUGUCAUUGAUUCAGGUGGAACAGGUACAGGUGUGACAGUACGUCCUAAUGCAGUGGUUCUCAACUGGUGGGUCCCGACCCUAAAGUGGGUCGGGGACAUGUUCUGGAUGGGUCACGAACAGCUGGUCCCAAAAAGUAAAUAUUUAAUGUGAUAUUUAUUAGAUACUCGAAAUUUUCUGCACACGAAACUUCAGCAGUUGCCGUCCUCAUGUUGUCCCCUUCAUGUGCUCUGAAAUGCAUUUUACUCAAUAAAACAAGUGUAAUAAUGUUAAAGAUUAAAGUCUUUACAGUUUUUUUUUUAAUUAAAAGAUUAAUUUGUUUGGUUUGAAUUCUAUAAAAGUGGGUCGCGACUGAAGGACCAGUUGAGAACCACUGUCCUAAUGACUCACAUGAAUGACUAUAUUUAAUGUAAAGGACUGCACUACCAGAAAAAAGCAAAAUAUUCUUAUAUUCAAACAAAUAAUUUUGUAUCAAGUGAAAUGAUCUGCCGAUGGGUUAAGCUGUUUUUUUUUGCUCGACAAGAAUUUUCAAAAUAAGAACAAAUUUCUCGGCCCUGACAGACUCAAUUGAAACUUAAAAUGAGACAGAAAAUUUUAUUAAUCAAAUUUUUUUACAGCAAGCAAUGAAAAAUCAAGAUGAAGUUAUUUAAAAUUAGAAUUUGAGUCUCUUGAAUAAAUGAACUUUAAGAAAAUACGCCAUAAUCUUGGAUUAUUAAUGAGCAAAUAAGUGAUAUAAGUGACGUUAUCUUAAGUGUCUGAAGUCGGCUGAUGGUCAUAUGUGUCCUGUGUCCUGGCUGUAUACUGGCUGCACUUGUCUGGUUUGUUUGUCUGCUGAUUUGUGUGUUUGGACGGAUCAAACAGCAGGGUAACUGUGAAUGGAAUUGUCCUUAGGGGAUAAAUAAAGUUGUCUGAAUCUGAAUCUUAAAUCAAGAUACCAAAACACUCUCAUUGAAUAUAUAUUUUUUUAUUCCACAAGCGAGCAUUUUCUUUGUUGUUCUUUGUUGUUCUUUGUUGUUCUUUGUUGUUCAUUGUUGUUUUUAUCUGGUCAUUGUGUUAUUAGACUCGCCUCCUGACAUCUUUAUAUGUCAGAUAAUGUUUGAGGCAGCAGAUUCUGUCAGGUUCAGAUCACCUGCAGUGGAAAUCUUAAUAAAACUAAAAUCAGCUGUUCUUUUUUCACGGCGUUCUUAAACUGAGAAGUUGUACAUACAAUAUGUCUUACUCUAAAAAUGAGACGAAUGAUCUUGUUGCUCCGCUGGAUUUCUGGUUCAUUCGAUCUCAAAAUUAGCUGGAAUAUCUUAUCAAGAAAAAGUUAGACAUUUUCUGUUAAAAUUAGAUGAUUUUUCUAAUGCCAAACAUGCUGAACAAGAUUAAUAUUCUUCUUGUACAAAAAUAAGACUUGUUUUGUUUUCCUUUCUUGAAAUUCCUGUUUUGCAGCGUUGAUCAGUCUCAGCUGAACCUUCACCUCUUUCUUUUUGUUACAGAUUUCACAGCUUUGACUGUCAGGAGCUCAGCAGGAUUGUCUCUCAGCCUCACAGACUCUCAGAGUGAAGCAGGAUUCUCAGAGUUUGUUUAGUUUGCAGGAGAAUAAUCUUGAUCGCAGUCAGGAUGAAGAAAGCUCUGAUGUGUCUGAUCACUGCCUACGCUUCAGUGCCGGUUAUUCUCUACGUGUUCCCCUGGAUACUCGGACACGUCAUAUUUUCUCAUCUAUGUAAGUUAUGUUUAUCGUGAUUUACAUGCAAAAAUACACCAGAUUAAACUGGAAUAUCUCAACAUAAAAAGUAGAUUCACAGUUUGAUUUCAUGUGAAAAUCUGCAGCCACCAACAUAUUUCCAUGACUGCGUGACAAAGACUGAAGUCCUGAGAAUGAUCAUCAAACUCAUCAAACUGAGAUUGAAAAUAACCUGUAAAGUUCUCUGACCUAUUUAAGGACUCUCAUCGUAACAACAGGCCGUGUGUUCGUACAGCGGAGAACAAUGAGAUGCUGUGACAGAAGUGGACAACAAUAACUACACUGUUUCUGAGCUUCUUCAGCAGACAGGAGUCUUUUGAAAAUAUGACAAUGCUAAACAGUCUGAUAUGAAACAGUCGGAUUUGAUAAGAAACUAACUGAAAAGGAGACGAUUCAGCACUUCAACAGGCCGCUCACGCUCGUAAAAAGGAAAAAUAACCGACAUAUUUUCUCUCAUUUAUCCACUGACUUAACUCGCUCUACGACUUACCUGAGACUUGACUGUUGCCUAGAAACCCAAACAUCGUCCUGCACACCUGGUUGCUUCAGAGCAGCGACUUUGUUCAGGUUCAUUUAUUUGUUAGUUUGAUGUAUCAGCGGUUUACAGGAAGACAUUAAGCAACAUGGUGCAGCUUUUUCGAGUCUGUCACUCAGGUCUGCUGACCAGGGCUCACUAGUUGUCCCUCAUACUCACAAAAAACAAGAGGUGACCACGCUUUUGUAGCGGUGCCUCCAACACUGUGGAACAAUUUACCUGCUGAUAUUCAUUCAGUUCUGUUUCCACUGUCACUUUUAAAAAGCUUUUAAAGACUCGCUUAAUUAAACUCACUUAUUUCUACUUACUUUUGAUGACAUGACUGAACAGAGCUGUUUUAUUAGUUAUGAUGUGAAGUAAAAUAAGUGAUACCUGAGCUGACUGAAGUGAUUUAUUUGUAAUGUAGCGUAGUAUGAAUAAAAAACAUGAAACUUCAGAUGUGUACGGACAGUUAGAAGCUCUUUCUAACUUCUCUAACUACAGAGAUUAAGUUACUCUUACCUUGUUUGCUCCUCUUGGCUGCAGUGAGGUUUCCAUUGUUUGUGGAUCUCAGCAGACCUGGAGACGUGCUGAACCACACGUGCAACUUCUACCUCGACACGGAGGAGGGCGUCUCAGUGGGUGUGUGGUAGGUCAUCCGUAGGUUCCUGUGAUGUUCAGUCAAUGAAGAAGUUCUUGUGAAAACCUCAAUCAUCUGCAUGUUUGGUGCAGGUGUCUCCUCUACCUCCAAACACAGGAGUAUUUGUUCGCCCCACUUAUCUCUCGCUCUCUGUCUUUGUCUCCCUCAGGCAUACGCUCCCCGUCAGCCAAUGGGAGAAGGCCGCGGGGAGAAGCCCUGAGUGGUACUGGGAGACCCUGGGAGACGGCAACCCUGUUAUUAUCUAUCUCCAUGGCAACUUAGGAACCAGGUGGGAUGAGAGCAGCAGGAUAGAGGCUCUUGAAUUGGUCCUAAUGGAGUCUAGUGGGUAUCAGGGGUGCAGAGCUCAGAGGGGCAGUGGGUCAGAGUAAACGAGUCACUUGUUUGUUUUCAUUCUUGUGUCUUUUCUGCAGAGCCAUACGCCACAGAGUGGAGCUGGUGAAGGUACGAUUUCUCCUCUAGAGCAUCAACAGUUUUCACUUUGAGUAUAUGUCAUAUAUGUUUGAUUCUGUGUGUUUCAGAUUUUAAGUGCUGCAGGGUAUCACAUCCUAUCUUUAGACUACAGAGGUAAGGUGCUACACAUGAUCAUUUCCCCUUUAAACAUAAAUUAUUAUUAUUAUUAUUUUUAUUAUGAUAAUAUUUUUUCUUUUAUUAUUAUGAUUUAUAUAUUUUUUAUUUUUAUAAUAAUUAUUAUUUUAUUUCAUUAUUAUUUUUGUUAUUAAUUUUUUAUGAAUUUUUUAUUUUUUGUGUUUAUUAUUAUUAUUAUUAUUAUUAUUAUUUUAUUAUCUAUUCUUUAUUUUAUUUGAAUUUUAUUAUAUUAUCAUUAUUAUAAUUAUAAUUAUUAUUUAUUUUUUGUUUUAUUAUUUUUUUUACUUUAUCAUGUUUAUUAGUUUUUUGUUUAUUAUUAUUGUUAUUAUUAUUAUUAUUAUUAUUAUAAUUAUAAUAAAUAUGAUGGUAAAUAGUGCCCUGUUAUAGUUGAUUCUUGUGUCCUCUGUUGAGGUUUUGGAGACUCCACCGGUGAGCCGAGUGAAUCUGGACUGACCACUGACGCCCUCUACCUGUACCACUGGGCAAAGAAGCAGAGCAGAGGAGGUCUGGUGUGUCUGUGGGGUCACUCACUUGGGACUGGGUCAGUUUUUUCACGACUUUCUGACCAAUAACAUGAAUAUCCAUGAGGACAUGUGUAGAAGUCACUCUGUGUGUUUUCUUUCAGGGUGGCGACAAAUACUGCAGUGAAACUACAAGAAGAAGGUGUGUUAACAUCUAGAGAUUGAAUUAUUUUAGCUUGGAUUUGAUCUCCUCUCUGGAGUGCGUACAUUAUAUUUGGCCUUGUCCUCUGGAUCUUUGUUAUACCUGAAUGUCUCAUUAUCAGGCCAGAAUACUUGAUGCACCUGAGUGGGGACUUAAAGGGCCGGUAUCUAAAAAUAACAGAAUAAAUAGGAUAAAAAAUUAAUCACAUUUACUGAUUUCCAAACAGUCACAUAUGAAUUAGUCAGCGAAGUAGCAUAACACAUUUAAAUAAAAUCACUUAAAAGGGUUUACACGAACCUUUGACCUGAUCAUUUUUUAUAUAUGAGCCUUUAUAGAGUUUGUGCACCAUCCAAUUAAGUCCAUCUACCGUUAUGAGAUUUUCUGCUAGUUUAGAUAAAGGUUUACACUUUUUUGAAGCUCAUGAAGGGCGUUAUCUUUCAUCAUGUUGAUCCUGUAUUUUGUUAUGUCCGUCUUAAAUCAGGGUCUGCUGCUGAUGCUAUAAUCCUUGAAGCUCCGUACACCAGAAUCGGAGAUGUUGUCCGCAAACAUCCUCUGGCUAAGGUGAGGCAAAUUUGUCCUAUUUAAUGGAGCAGCACCUAUAUUUUACCAUACAUCUAUACCUUUUUAUAAAUAUAACUGACUAAACUUUUAUCCAGUUUUAAUGAAUGUGAGAUUUGUGGUCCUUAAAGAUGUUUGGAUCGUUGCUCAUGAUUUCUGGUAAAAUUUAAUAACUUCUCAGAGCCGAGACACGACAUGGAGGGACAAAAUUUAACUUACGAUAUCGGGAAAUACAACAAAUAAACAUACUUUGAUUUAAAUUAAAAUGUUAUGACAAGUUUUCAAAUUCAAAGUCCAUACAACUUUCUCUGCAUCUUUGUUCUUCUGUCACUUUAAAUCAACAAUUUUCACCUUAAAAAAUUGAUGAAUAAAAUCCAAACAAGUUGUUCUAUCCUUUAAAUUGUCAUCUGAUGUUGCUGUGUGAACGUUUCCAUACUUGUCUUUCAGAUCUAUAUGCUCCUUCCAGGAUUUGAGAAUUUAAUUUGGAACAUUUUGGAUAAAAUCAACAUUGAUUUUGCGAAUGACGAAAAGUAAGAACACCCUCUGCAUCUUUAAUAACUCAAACUCUUUACUGAUGAUGAACUUGUUCAAUCAUGAAUUUUUCUUCACCCCCAAACCUCCUCAGUUUGAAGACAGUGAUCAGUCCACUUCUUAUCCUCCACGCAGAGGACGACAACAUCGUACCGUACGACAUGGGUGUGAAGGUACAGCUCGAGGGUUUGGAUCGUUUCCCUGCAGAUUUUACAGCACCCUCACUGACCUACUUUGCCUCUUUUGUCUCCAGCUGCACCAGAUAUCACUCCAGACGAAGAAAAAACACGACUCAGACGUUCAGGUUGAAAUGAUCUCCUACAGAGCAGAUCUUGGAUUGUGUCACAACUAUAUCUACCUGGAUCCUAAUCUGAUGAACACGGUUGGGUUAGUGUUGUUCAAACUGAUAUGACUUUUUACAAUUACAUGUGACACUGUGAAUUAUCGAGCUGAAAAAUGAAGCUCGGCUGACAGUUGUUGUUAUUUUCAUUACGUCUACAGAAUAACUAACUCAUAAAAAAGUAAUUAAAUAUUCCGUCUGCUUUGGUUUUAGGAAAUUUCUACAAAACCUUCCUUCAAAAGAGGAGACAGGUUCUCCCCCUGAAGAAGAAGAAGUGGAUCAAUAAUGUUUAAGAUGUUUAAGACGGGAUCAAAUGAGGUACAGGUCCAUCCAUCCGUAACCCUGCACACGUUAUCAGCAGCCGACACAUCGAGACAAACAGACACUCAUGUACAGUCACACCAAUGAACCUGACAGGCAUGUUGGACGACCUGGAGAGAACUCAUGCAUGCUGCACCGUGUUCAACUCAAACCACUACGACACUUUUACAGCUUCCAACAGACUUGUAAAAAUCCUUUUCCUCUGUUAAAGGGAUAUUCUGGCGUAAAAUUAACUGAGGGUCGAACACACCGUAACACCGAGUUAGACCCCCCCUCCAGAGAUGAAUGUUGUCGACCGCUUGCUUCUCUAGUUAUACCAACUUUAGUAACGACCGCAGGAUAGAAAUACAGAGAGCCACGCACUCAACCAAAACGCCACUCUACAGCCACAAAUAAUGCUCAGAACAGCACCUAACUUCAUCAACAGGACAUAUAGGGUCACAGCCUAAACACAACUCACCUACUCUCUUCCAGCAGACGCUUGUUUGUAGCGAGAAACUAAGAAAAACUACCACGUCUGCAAAAUGAUUAAUAUGGUGAUUAUUACUUCAAGGAAAUGAUGAAGAAAUGAUCAUAAAUGUUCUUCCUUGAGCUGCGGCACCCCGCUGUAGUCCAUAAUGGACUGGCCUGAGGUCUCGCUACAAACAAGUGUCUGCUGGAAGAGAGUAGGUGAGUUGUGUUUAGUCUCUUUGAUAAAGAAAUGAGUCAAAGUUAAAAAGAUGUUUGGUGUCUAGUACUAUGGCUGUGACCCUAUAUGUACUAACCUCAGUAGAACAUGGUGUAGUUCCGUUCAGUAACAGAACCUCAUUGGAAAAUUAGCUGAUUUAACUUUACUGUGCUCUUGUUCAAAUAUAUUAACUCAACAGCACAUAUAUUCAUACCUGUUAACAAAAUCAUGAUUUUAUUGAUAAUUCGGCUCAAUAAAAACACCUUUACCUUUUCAUUUUACUACAGUAGAAGUUUAUUGGCCCAGCUUAUAGACUACAGAGGUGGAGAAACGCCCCCGCUUCAGUUUGUUUUCUUAGGAGUUAGAACAACUCUGAAUAUAGUACUAUAUCUGUGACCCUAUAUGUCCUGUUGAUGAAGUUAGGUGCUGUUCUGAGCAUUAUUUGUGGCUAUAGAGUGGCGCUUUGGUUGAGGGCGUGGCUCUCUGUAUUUCUAUCCUGCGGUCGUUACUAAAGUUGGUAUAACUAGAGAAGCAAGCGGUCGGCAACAUUCAUCUCUGGAGGUGGGGUCUAACUCGGUGUUACGGUGUUUGACCAUAAUUUAAUUUUACGACAGUAUAUCCCUUUAACUUUUGAGACUUUUAUGACUACACAGGAGCAGCUCAUCUUCCAUAGAGGCUGCCAUCUUUCACUAACAUGUUUCUGCUAUGGUGUCGUAUUUUUGUAUAGAGUGUCUGUGUGAAAUGGACCAUAACAAAGAAGACGAAGCAGUGGGCGUUAUUUCACACAAGAGAAUCUGUACAGAUAUUUUUGAUGGUCAAAACUUGAGAACUAGAGGACGAUACUGAGGAGCUUUUUGUCCUCACACUUGAUAUACUUGAUAUCUCUAAAUAUUCACAUUUCUACACACUCUACCUUAAAGCUCCUGAGAGGAAUUUUAGCUUUUUUAUCUCUGCUUCUCGUCCAAUCAGACGAAGGAAUCUCAUCCUCGUUUCCGAUGACAGUCAAAUAUUUUAACUUUAUUUGUAUUUCUGCAGUGGGAAAUGAAGAGGGUUUAAAUCAUCAUGUCUGACCCUAACCCUGUUUUUGUUUUAACAGAUUUUAAAAAAGACAUUUUUGUUAAUUUCACUCUGUUUCAUAAACUCUUCACAGGAGCUUUAAACUAACUCUGGACUCAUUUUAUAACUUCAGUGUUUUAAUUUUGACCUUUUCAGUGUUUUAUUUAAAUAUUUAAGACAUAAUUCACUUUCUCUGGAUAUUCUAGUUUUAAGAGGUACUCUCGCUGUGGUCGCUCUUACUUAUUUUUCUCCUCAAAUAUCUGUGAAGGUGUUUGUGUUCGCUCCGGUUUUUACAUGAGAAAUCUAAUAAAAGAACAUUUAAAGAAAUCUUCAGACUCUUGCUGAAUAAACUU